AUGGUGGACCAACUAAAAAUUCCGAAUGUACAAAAGUUAUUGGGUCAAUUUAAAGGAAAAGCUAAAAUGGUCGUUUCACAUAACGCAGUGACCGAUGAAAAUUACCUUACUGCAUUAAACACGCUAAAAAACCAAUAUGGUCAAAGGGAAAAUCGAUAUCAUCUUUUAUUGAGUAGGCUGAACGUGACUACGGUUAAUGCCAUCGCUAAGAAUGAAGACAUUGAGCAAUUCUGGUGCUUAGAACGAGUAGGAAUAGAAGCACCGUCAGAUAUGACUUCGGACAACCAUGCCCUCAAGAGAUUCUCAGAGAGUGUCGAGGCAUUGGAAGAUGGACGAUACGAGGUUGAACUGCCAUGGAAAACGAAUCAACCAAAAUUACCAAACAAUCUUGGAGAGGCUUUCUGA